AUGAUUUUUAUUAUAUUAUCAUAUCUCGCCGGUGUUCUUCUUGUUCUAAUAACAAGUAUGUUCUGGAUCCGACGCCAAAAGACAGCUGAUGAAUCUGGCAACCAUUCAAGAAUACAGCACCUGAAGACUCUCAAGACCCGCCACGAGACUGCAUCUGAUUUGCUGGAGCUGGUUCAGAUAGAUGGUGCGGGAGCAUGGCCACCGCGCACAGAUUUUGAGUCAUGGCCAAGUCCAUUGCGCCCUUACCAUGAUAUCUACUCCAAUAUUAUACCGCUUCUGUCUACUGCGGAACCCUCACUAGAUGAUGCUGUCAACAAGAAACUAGUCGGCGACUUUCGAUCACGUAUGAGAAAGAUGCUCGCGGAAAGAAUAAAUCUUGCGCAUGUCAAGGAAAUUAUGGCUGCGGCUGAGGCUGGAAAAUGGGAUGUCUUCCCUCGAGAUGCCUACAAUGGCUUCUACUGCUGCAUCGCUGUGUCGCGCCAUGCCUAUAGAUGGGGAACGAUUCCUGUUGUCGAAUUUGCCCAAAGAGAGCAGGUACUCGAGCUCCCACCUGAACUUGACUUGCCCUGGGACUAUCUGCAGCGCAACUUUGGCGUCACCGCUGCAAGUGGGAACAAUACAGCAAAUGUCCUGCUCAAUAUUAACAAACGAGGCGAAAGAGAGUACAAGAUAAAUGUUGCAAUGUCAAGUCUAAUAAAAUCAUCAGAGGAGACAUUUUUCCGAAUUUUCUUGGAUAUUGAGGUUUCGCCAUCAAUUUACCAGGCGUUUCCCAUCUAUUAUGAGAUGGUAUGUGCUAUCAUCAGCUAUGAAGACAAUAAUCGGGUGACUUGUUUAAAAUAUCUGGAGAGCAUCAGUUUCAGGCUUCGCCGCCUUCUGAGGUUGUUCUUCGAAAAUCUAAUCGAGUCACGCGUGUCGCAUUCCGUGUGGUUAAGCUACGUUCAGGGCUUCCAAGCCUGGGGAGUUGGAAGAAUAGUCAACGGGGAAGUCGUAAAGUACGACGGUCUUUCGGGAAACCAAGUUUUAAUCUUCCAAGCCUUGGAUGCUUUCUUGGGCAUGGACAGUUAUCUUUCUGACGAACAAUCCAACAGGUAUAUUCCAGUCAACCAGAGAAAGAUUUGCCAUUCCUUGAGGAAGCAUUCUUUUCGAAAAAGUGCUCAAGCCAAUGGGUACAUAAAAAUCGAAUAUGGUUUCAAAAAUAUUGUAAACCACCUGAGAGUAUGGACUAUCCUUUCGUACUAUUCCCUACAAAUAGACUGUUAA